AUGGAUCCUUUCCUCCAAUGGGACUUUCCCUAUGAGCUGAUAAAGCCCUCCAAACACGGAUCUGAGACUGUCGCCCUUUUUCUGGACAGUCUAAAUAGACAAGAUGCAAUUGGCCAAGAGCUAGCGGCAGCUCUUCAAACCACUAUUGCUGAAGCCUCUCACAAACACCAAUUCUUUCAGCUCUAUGCACCUUUACGGCUCCUGGUUAGAGCCCUCGAAUUUAACAAUGCCCAAAGGAUAAAAGAAAAUCCACCAAUCCAGCUUUACAUAGCCCAGUCUCUAUUACCGGACCUUCCCAGCUCUCUACAGAGCGAUGUGCCAGCUCCAGAACUGAUCCGCAAAGUGGGCAAAGGCGACAUUUACAGCUCCUCAAUAUGGCUCGGGACUGAGCCGACUUACACCCCACUACACCGGGACCCAAACCCAAAUUUGUUCUGCCAGCUGUGUAGUAGCAAAGUGGUAAGGCUUUUGCCACCUGAUAAGGGGCUUGAGCUGUAUAAUAGCGUGCAGACGCGGCUUCGACGGUUAGGAAAUAGCCGAAUAAGAUCCACAGAAAUGAUGGAGGGAGAAGAAAGGGAAAUGCUUCAUGGGGCCGUUUGGGGGAAUGAACCGACGGCAGCAGACAUUCAAGAGGUAACAUUACGUGCCGGAGAUGGCUUGUUUAUUCCCAAGGGCUGGUGGCAUUCUAUCAGGAGCGAGCGAUCUGACGGACAGCUAAAUGGAUCAGUCAACUGGUGGUUUCGCUGA